GAUUCCAAGAAACUGCCUAAAAGUUAGUCAUCAUUUUAGAUUUCUGAGUAAAUUGAUUCUUCGAAUUCGUUACACCUCUUCGAUCAAUGAUUACCAUAAGGUCACAUAAUGGUUUGCAGCAUGAGGUUCUUGGAAUCAAAGCAAAUCCAUAAAAUAAAAUCAUUCAAUAUUACCUUACCAGAGAAGAUUCAAGAUGGCACCAAGUCAAAAACGCAAGUUUGAAGUAUUAAUGUACGAGUCAGAAUACAGACAGAUACAAGCUUGGGUUGAUAAAUAUCAACACCUUGAGACUGGUGGUGAUCUGUUUGGUUUAUGGAAAGACGAUCGCACUGCAGUGGUGCAGUUCGUACUUGGACCUGGAAAACAUUGUAGACGAACUGAAGUAUCUUUCUAUCAAGAUAUAGACUAUCUUGAGCGAGUGGGAAACCUAUUGACGAAMAAGGAAGGUUUGUGUCAUAUUGGUGAAUGGCACUCUCAUCACAGAAUCGGUUUAACGAGGCCAAGUAGAGGAGACGAGAAUACAGUCUGGAACAACAUGGAUAGAUAUGGUAUCCACCGAUUUUUCCUGUUCAUUACCACCAUUGAAGGCUCUAAUUUAUGUAAUAAAAGAAAAGCCAACAGUUCGUUUCCUUAUGAUGUGAAGGUUCGUUGCUUCCUCUUUGAAGUUGAUUCAGCAAGCGAGAAAACAAAAGCAGUUCUGGAAGGCAAAAUCAAUUUUAUCUCAGAUGAGGUUCGAGAGAGUCCUUUCCGACUAAAAACAGAGCUAGCGAACGUUUUUGAAAUCGGAGCUGAAAGUAAAAACUCAUUGGAAGAUAUGAAAACCUUUGAAAUAAGAGGAAGAGAGUCAGAAGAAACAACGAGAAACAAGAACGAAAAAAAAUCAAACAAAGAAACGAAUACUAGCUGUACUGCCCCUCAAAGAACCAACGAGACAACAUCUAAUAAAGAUGUACAAGAAUACAAGAAGACAUUUAGAAGUACACGUUAUAUCGUACUCUCAUCAAAUCAAAUAACCACUGUACUUUGUGGGUAUACAUGGGGUCUAAUCGUUUUUGUAGUGGGGGUGCCACGUAGUCAGUGCAGUUAGAGGAAGAACAAAGAGGAAACAGCAAUCCAAAAAGAAAAAAAGAAAAGCAAGUGGCAUAGACCUAAUUCGUAUUGGUGCAACUGUUUCUUAUAUUACUACAGAUCACUGGUGGUCAUUCCCAAGAAUAUCGUGUCUUUGUUUAAGGGCUACAUGAGGACACACAUAUCAAUUUUAGAUACAACAGACUCAAACAAGGAAUGAGGAAAUGACACUUGAUGUGAAAUGGGUAAACAUUGCGCCAAGACAAAUUAGGUCUGUUUAUCAUUCAAGCACACCCUCAAAGUGAUUAAAAAAAAUUGAAAUUACAAUAGACCUAAUUUGUCGUGUGCAAUGGUGUCCAUUACAGACCUGUAGUAAAAUUGUGCUGUGUAAUCCACACAAGUGAGGUAUCAGCGCACUUGUGCUCUUGUGCUCCAAAAAAAAAAAAACAGAUUUGUAGAUUAAACCGGCCAAGGAACAUUUUUAGUCAUACUAUAUAUAUUAUCAAUGCUGACACUGUAAACUGUGAUUUUAUUUUGCCAAAAAGUUGUAUUAAACCUUUAUUAAAUGGAUCUUUGAGUUGAAAA